AUGGCAGCAAGUGCCCCUGCUUUUGACGAAUGCGGCCUGCGCGUGGUUCAGGAUCCGGUCAAGGGCAAGGUCGUGCUCAGCGAGCGCACGUUCGAGCCUGGUCAUGUGGUUUUCAGCGAGCAAGCGUUCGUGGCAGCGUCGUGGAGCACGGACUUGUGCAGCGGAUGCGAAGAGCUCUUGUCCGUGGAUUUUAGCGAGUCGUCCUCGGCUGAAGACGUCCGUCCUUGCUGUCAUUGUGAGCGCACUGGCACGCCCAAUGCCAUGUGCUCUUCGAAGCUGCAGGAGACAACUAGCGGGCGUCGCGAGGUGGUAAUGGACAUCAUGAAGACUGUCGAUGGCAUUGAGGAGGUGGAUCGAGCACGCUGUAUUCUGAAGUGCCUGGCGAUGUACGAGCACGACGUCCACGCUCUUGAUGAAGUGCUAAGCUUGGCAUGGGCUGCACAGCAGCGAGCGACUGAAGCAGCUGUCCAAUUGCGUCGUCAAGUGCCCGACAUCUUCCCUGAGGGCUUCUCUGACCACCAGAUGGCUUGA